AUGUUAAAAAUAUGGUCGAUGCAGCAAGAGGCAAAUGCCGAUGCUGCUGCGGGCAUCAAGAAGAAGAAAGUCACGGCCGCACAGCUCCGGUUACAAAAAGAUAUCGCAGAAAUGUCGCUACCCUCUACUAUGCGCACCGAUUUUCCCGAUGAAGACGAUAUUCUCAACUUCUUUUUAUACAUCGAACCCGAUGAGGGCAUGUACAAGGGCGGAAUCUUUAAAUUUAAAUUCGCGGUUCCCGAGACAUUCCCGCAUGAACCUCCAAAGGUCAACUGUGAACAGAAGAUUUACCAUCCGAAUAUCGAUGUGGAAGGCAAAAUUUGUUUGAAUAUUCUAAGAGAGGACUGGAAGCCCGUGUUGAAUUUGCAGGCGAUUGUUAUUGGGUUGCAGUUCCUUUUCCUCGAACCAAACGCGUCGGAUCCCCUAAAUAAGGAAGCUGCAGAAGAUUUGAGAUCAAACCGAGAAGGAUUCAAGCGGAAUGUGAGAUCAGCUAUGGGAGGAGGAUCGGUCAAGAACGACACUUUCGAUCGAGUGUUGAAGAAGGAACGCGAUGUGUCUGGGCCAGAGGGAGAUGGAAGCAGUCAACCUGGGUAA